AUGGCUGCUGAAGUGGUUGGAGGAGCACUUCUCUCUGCUUUGCUUAAUCCAUUGGUGAAAAAGUUAACUACUGAGGUUAAGGACUUCUUCAAAGGAAAAGAUGCCAUUCUUAAGCUGUUGAAGGAGUUCAAAACUUUGUUGUCCUCUUUUGAUCUGCUGCUCAUUGAUGCCGAGGAGAAGCUAAUCAGAAACCCAAGAGUGCGGAAAUGGCUUGAUGAUCUCAAGGAUGCCAUUUAUGAUGCAGACGACUUGGUUUACAAGAUUGACACUGAAGCAUGGCAAAAGGAAAUGGAUGGUGGUGGUUAUCUAGAAUCUCAUAGCAGCUGCACUUGUACUAGUAAGGCACUCACGAGAUUCAUCUCAUCGACUCCUUUAACUUCUUUUGAUAAGACCAUCAAACCCGAGAUAGAAGAGACGCUUGGGAAAUUGAAGGUUCUUUUAGACAAUAAAUAUAUUGGUUUGAAACGUAUAGAAAAACAAAAACAUCCAGAAAGAGUAUGUACUCCUUCUGUUGAAGAAUCUGAUGUUUAUGGAAGGGAUGAUGAUAAAGAAGCUAUUAUUAAGCUGCUUCUGUCGGAUGGCACAAGUGGUGGUGACAAAUUGUCUGUGAUCCCCAUAGUGGGGAUGGGCGGUAUUGGAAAGACUACUCUUGCUCAACUCGUAUACAAGGAUGACAGAGUUGAAAUUUUUUUUGAUACCAAAGUAUGGAUUACGGUGGGAGAUGACAAAGUUGACUGCAUGAAAGUAAUGAAACUAAUUGUCGAGAAGGUCACUUCUGUAAAAUGUGAAAUUGAGGAGUCGUAUGAUCUUCAAGAAGAAGUAAAGAAGGCUCUGAGUACAAAGAAGUUUCUGUUUGUUGUUGAUGAUGUUUGGGAUGAGGAUCCUUCCAAGUGGGAUGUCUUAAACAGUUGUUUCAAAUCAGGGUUGCAUGGAAGCAGGAUCAUUGUGACGACACGUAGCAAUAAGGUUGCAUCAAUUAUGGGAAAUAAGUUGUCAACUUACUCCCUAAGCACUAUCUCUACUGACAAAGGUUGGCAGUUGUUUGUUAGAUGUGCUACAAUCGAUGUCAACACGCACGAGUACACUGAUUUACAAGUAAUUGGUCGAAAAAUUGUUGAAAAGUGUAAUGGUCUUCCUCUGGCUAUAAAAUCACUUGGGGGUCUUUUACGUGGGAAGCAAAAUAAAGAGGAUUGGGAUGACAUAUUGAACAACGAUAUAUGGGGGUUGUAUGAGAAUGAGAGUGUUGGUAUUCUUCCAGCUUUAUGGCUGAGCUAUUUUUAUUUACCUUCACAUUUGAAGUCUUGUUUCUCCUAUUGUGCUAUAUUUCCUAAAGGUUAUAAGUACACAGAAGAAGAGUUGGUCUUAUUGUGGAUAGGUGAAGGUCUUUUACUUCCUAACAAGAAAGACAGAAUUGAAGAUAUCGGAAAGAAUUUUCUUUAA